CCCGCGGGGUGCACGCAGCGCUGAGUGCGCGUGGGGCCGGGCCCCGCAGCCGGGUGCAGGAGUGCGCGCGCGCCACGGCAUGGAGCCGGCCCGGGAGCCCCCCGCGCGCACCCGCCCGCCACCCCCCGCCGCGCGCCCCGCGCCCGCUGCACCCAGGCCACGCUCGCCAGCCGAGGCCGAGGCCCGUGGCCCCGAGGGGCUGCUGCGACGAUCGGGGUCAGGCUAUGAGGGUAGCACCAGCUGGAAGGCGGCCUUGGAGGAUACCACGACGCGCCUGCUGCUGGGGGCCAUUGCUGUCCUUCUCUUCGCCAUCUUGGUGGUGAUGAGCAUCUUGGCUUCCAAGGGCUGCAUCAAGUGUGAGACGCCCUGCCCCGAGGACUGGCUGCUCUACGGAAGGAAGUGCUACUACUUCUCCGAGGAACCCCGAGACUGGAACACGGGGAGGCAAUACUGCCACACCCACGAGGCAGCACUGGCUGUGAUCCAAAGCCAGAAGGAGUUGGAAUUUAUGUUCAAGUUCACGCGGAGGGAACCCUGGAUUGGGCUGCGCAGAGUUGGAGACGACUUCCACUGGGUCAACGGGGACCCGUUUGACCCAGACACAUUCGCCAUCUCGGGUAUGGGGGAGUGCGUCUUUGUGGAACCUACCAGGCUGGUGUCAACCGAGUGUCUGGCUACCCGGCCCUGGGUGUGCAGCAAGAUGGCCUACACGUGAUGUGGCUCCGGCCGGAGGUGGCCCCUGUGCCCAGGCCCAAGGGCAGUGUCUGUUGUUCCACCUGCUCCCAAGAGGGGCCGCCACCC